UCUCCACCUUAAGAGAGAAUCAUACUCCUGGACCAACGAGCCGCUGUAGGUGAUUUUCCGAGGCGAGAACCAAGGCCGCGAUAAGAUUCGUUUGAGGAAAUAAAGCGACUCGAUUCGCACUUUGAUCGGGAUAUUUGAUCAGUUUAUGCGUCGCACGGGCGCCUGCAGCCGGCACUCGGCCUCUUAAUCUCACACCACAGAGCUCUGAACACCAGUUGCUCGUGUUUGGUCUUACAAAAUGGCGAUGAUGCGGGAGCAAGAUUUCAACCGAACUGCUCUGACCGUUCAAUGCAGUCGGGCCUGGUACACGGGACAGAGGGCCGAAAGAAUUCCUCACGGUCUGAUCGGGUUGGUUGGAGCCGAUUGCUCGAGUCUCGAUCUUUCCUACAACGAUCUGGUGUCUCUCACCGCUCUCAAGGAAUUCGCUAACCUGGAAGAGCUCGUCUUGGACAACAACUGUCUUCGUGAUCUGAAUACUCUACCGCGCAUGCCUAAGCUGACAACUUUGAGCGUAAACAACAACAAGGUGACCGACAUCGAGGGAGCCUUGGACCGAAUAAAGGAGUGCUGCCCGUGUCUGAAGUACGCGAGUCUCCUCGGGAAUCCCGGAUGUCCGGACCAGCUGACCAAUCCAACGACGACCGACGAGGCGGACUACGAACGUUAUCGUCGCUACGCUGUCCACGUGCUUCCGGCGACGCUGCAGUUCCUGGACUCGCGUCCGAUUUCCCCCAGGGAACGUCAGGAAGCGAAGGAGCGGGGCAGCCUGAUGAGAACGGUGAGGGUAAACUUGCCAAACCUGUCCUCCCUGACGGCGGAAGAAUUCGCUUCGGCCCUUGAGCAAAAACGGCACGACUCGAUUUCCAUGGAAGAGCCGGAUUACACGCCGCUUCCGGAAUCCAUGCGAGGACCGCUGGACGUGCGAAGUGCCUACGGAAAAUCCAGAUAUCGUUACUCGGGGAAGAAUUCGGAAGGGAAUCGCUUCAUCAGCAACAGCGAUCUUUAACACUAUUUGUCCACUGUUCAAUUGAUAAAUAUACACACAGAGAUGGGAUUUGUCGAAUUUAUCUAUCAUGAUCGUUAAACGUCGAUUGUUUUUCUUCUAGUUUAAACAAAGACAUUUCCAUCGAUUCAAUAAAAAAGUUAUCGCACCAAUAAUUCGAAGAACUGAGUAAAACUGCAUUUAUUAAAAUCAACAAAAUAUUUUUCUCGCUAUAUUUGGUAAAUGCGAUAAUUUUUUUUUUAUCUUAUUCGUGUCUAUACUUCUAUAAGUUCACGGAUCUUUCUCCGUAAUCCUCGACUGCAACGACUGAUUUUCAUUUUUUCAAUACUAUAUUCAUAGAUUAUUACACUGAUAAAUAUAUCACAUAUUUCUUAAUAAUCCAUAAAUUUCAUAUCGAUUUAUCGUUACUUGUCUUUUUACUCCUACAAUAAUGUUUCUUAUACUCAUAUACCGGAUAUAAUAAUUUACGGUGAUUCGUA